AUGUCAGCUCUCUCCAUGGCGGCUUCAACUAUAACUUCUUCUCCAUUACACACAAAGCUCUCAAACCUCUCCUUCACUCGCUCUCCACUUCCACUCCCUUCCCACUUCUUUUCAAAACCAUUCCUUAAACCUCUAAAACCCCUCAAACUCAGCAACCAAAACUCCAAUUCCCUCUCUCUUCUCUCCCUCCCUCAUUUUCAUGCAAUUUUUGCUGCCUCUUCUGACAAUUUUGAAGCUGGACCAGAUGAAAACAUCACAGCUCAAGACGACCCCCAAAGUGAAACAGACGAAUUUGACCAAGAAAUUGAAGAAGGAGAAGGAGAAGGAGAAGGAGAACGAGAUGUGAAGGCGAUAAAAGCAAGUGAAGAAGGGAAGCUAUAUGUGGGAAAUUUACCAUAUUCUAUGACUUCUUCGGAAUUGGCUGAGAAUUUUGAGGAAGCUGGUCGUGUUUUCAGUGCUGAGGUUAUCUAUGAUCGAGUUACGGAUAGGAGCAGGGGCUUUGGGUUUGUUACAAUGGGAAGUGUUGAAGAAGCUAAAGAAGCAAUUCGGAUGUUCAAUGGAACUCAAAUCGGAGGUCGAACUGUGAGGGUGAACUUCCCAGAAGUGCCAAGGGGAGGUGAGAGGGAAGUAAUGGGACCAAGAAUACGGAGUGGCUACAAGGGUUUUCUUGACAGCGAGCACAAGAUAUAUGCAGGAAACCUUGGUUGGCGCCUCACAUCUGAUGGUCUUAGAGAUGCAUUUGCUGACCAGCCAGGCGUAUUAAGUGCCAAAGUCAUCUACGAGAGGGACUCAGGAAGAUCACGAGGUUUUGGCUUUGUCUCUUUUGAAUCUGCUGAGAAUGCAGAAGCUGCUUUGGAAGCCAUGAAUGGAGUGGAGGUGGAGGGGCGGCCAUUGCGAUUGAAUUUGGCCGGAGAAAGAGCACCUCCCCUUUCAGCUCAGGAAAAUAACAAACAGAACAAUCUCGAGAGUGGUGAAUUGCUGUCGAGCAUUGGAGCCUAA